CGACGGUUGCAGUGCCAUUUACACUUGGGAAUUUAAUACAAAAGGAAUCAGCAGUGAAGACCCACAUGGAUAUAACUGGUCUAAAGCUUAUGGCAAAUACAGCAGCAACAUUAAUAUUAAAUCCUGCAAUUGAAGGUUGUCAAUCCUACUCUGUUGGAAGUGAAAACCACACAAAUAUUAGUCCACAACACCAAAUUACACCAUCUAAAGUGGUAAAUAGGAAUCAGGAUGGAGCUUCACUUGUCUCAGAAAUGGUUAUUGAAGUUAAGAAUAAUUGUGUCCUGACUGAAAGCCAUAACCAGGCUAGAAAGGAAGAUGAAUUCAUGUUAGCUAAGGAUUUUCAGUGUAUACAUAAUGACCAAAUCUCUCAAUCUGAAAAAAGCAGUCCUUGUAGGGACAAAUUUGCUACUUUGAGGACUACUUGUUCUGAAAUAAACUCACCAAUUACCAUCAAGGUUGAUGAUAAUAUCCAUGGUAAGUCCUGUUUGACUGAGCCACAUGCAGAGCUAGAGCCAGUGCAGAACAUGGUUUCUGUUUCAAUGAAACUUGAGAGUGAAAAUGGAAGUGGAUCAGAUGGGUCUGAACCAAAACCAUUUGCUGCAUUUUAUGAGAUGCUAGAGAAGCAAACAUGCACAACAAGCUGCCAGAUUAGCUUGGAAUUGAGUGGUACCCCUCUUUGGGGUUUUUCAUCAGUUUGUGGAAGGAGACAGGAGAUGGAAGAUGCUAUUGCUAUUAAGCCUCAACUUUUUCAAGUCCCUUCACAGAUGCUAAUGGAUGACCAUGAUAAUGAAAACACAAAAUACUCACCAAUCCACCUUUUUGGAGUCUAUGAUGGACAUGGGGGCUGUCAGGUUGCCAAUUACUGCCGGGAACAUCUUCAUUCAGUGUUGAUUGAGGAGAUAGAAGCUGUAGAAUCAAGUCUGGCUGAAAACAAUGGGAGAGGCAACUGGGAGGACCAUUGGAAAAAAGCAUUCUCCAAUUGCUUUCAUAAAGUAGAUGAUGCGGUUGGAGGAGUUCAUGCAGGUAAUGGUGGAAGCAAGAGUGAUGAUGGAACUGAAUCAAGUAUUGAACCUGUUGGCUCCACUGCAGUGGUUGCCAUUUUGAGUCAAACUCACAUAAUAGUUGCAAAUUGUGGAGAUUCAAGAGCAGUCUUGUGUCGUGGAAAAGAAGCAUUGCCAUUGUCUUCUGAUCACAAACCAAAUAGAGAGGACGAGUGGGAAAGGAUAGAAGCUGCAGGAGGAAGGGUCAUACAAUGGAAUGGCUACCGAGUUCUAGGUGUUUUGGCAGUGUCAAGAUCCAUAGGUGAUAGAUACUUGAAACCAUGGAUAAUUCCUGACCCAGAAGUGAAGUGUGUCCAUCGAGAGAAAAAUGAUGAGUGCCUUAUUCUAGCCAGUGAUGGUUUAUGGGAUGUCAUGACAAAUGAAGAAGCAUGUGACAUUGCACGAAAGCGAAUCCUUCUUUGGCAUAAGAAGAAUGGCAACAACGAUUCAAGACAACAAGGCCAUGGAGUUGAUCCUGCUGCUCACUCUGCUGCUGAGUAUCUUUCUAAACUUGCGCUCCAAAGAGGAAGCAAAGAUAAUAUUUCUGUUAUUGUUAUAGACUUGAAGGCUCAAAGAAAAUUAAAGAAAAAAGCAUAAAACAUCAUUUGAAAUAUUUAAAGACAUACUAUUGUUUUACAAGUAUUUUUCAGUCACUGGCAUAUUUAGCCCACUAGUUUUUCAACUGGGCUAAGUUAUGUUUAAUAAAAUUACUCAAAUUUGUACCCAAUUCAGAAAGUUAUAUUCUUUUUUAAAUGAUGUAUAAUUUUAAAGUUGGCUACUCAAAU